UCUAAGUAUCGGCCUCGGGAAAACAACAUCGAAACGACCCGAGCCUCAAGAAAAAACACCAAAAAUACCGCGUCUUUACCACCUGUAACCACCAGCAACUAAUUCAGUGUAACAACUCAACUUUUGAAAAACAAACAUGCCUCAGAACGAGCACAUUGAGUUGCACCGCAAGCGCCACGGCUACCGUCUGGACCACCAUGAAAAGAAAAGGAAGAAGGAGAGCCGUGAGGCCCACGAGCGCUCCCACAAAGCCAGAAAGAUGAUUGGUUUGAAGGCCAAAUUGUACCACAAACAGAGACAUGCCGAGAAGAUCCAGAUGAAGAAGACCAUCAAAAUGCACGAACAGAGGAAGACCAAGCAGAAGAACGAUGAUAAGACCCCAGAGGGAGCAGUGCCAGCCUACCUGCUGGACAGAGAGGGACAGUCUCGUGCUAAAGUCCUCUCCAACAUGAUCAAACAGAAGAGGAAGGAGAAAGCUGGCAAGUGGGAAGUACCCCUGCCAAAGGUGCGAGCCCAGGGAGAAACAGAAGUGCUCAAAGUCAUCAGAACCGGAAAGAGACAAAAGAAGGCCUGGAAGAGAAUGGUCACCAAAGUCUGCUUUGUCGGUGACGGUUUCACCCGUAAACCUCCAAAAUACGAGCGUUUCAUCAGACCCAUGGGCUUACGUUUUAAGAAGGCUCACGUUACACAUCCAGAGCUGAAGGCCACAUUCUGCCUCCCCAUCCUGGGAGUGAAGAAGAACCCUUCCUCACCCCUCUACACGUCUCUCGGAGUCAUCACAAAAGGAACAGUCGUAGAAGUCAAUGUCAGCGAGCUGGGUUUAGUCACACAAGGAGGAAAAGUUAUCUGGGGUAAAUAUGCCCAGGUGACAAAUAACCCAGAGAACGACGGCUGCAUCAAUGCUGUACUGCUGGUAUAAGACUCUUGACUAUUAUACGGACUGUAACUUUAUUUUUUUUGUACACGAGGAGUGUUUACUCCAACAAAAAAACACGAAGAUGAGACAAGCGAUGGGCUUCGGAUCACGGUGGUGUGAGGAGGAUCGCUGACUGCUGCACUUGGCUGCAGCUUUGGUAACAGAAGGACGCUCAAAGGAAAGGAAAUAAGCGUUGUUAUAAAUGUGUCAAAUUUGUAAUAAAUAAACCUGAUGUUGACACACA